CCCAUCCCGCUGAUCAGCAGCAACAUCGAAGUGGCCAAAGCAGGAAAAAUCCCAGGAGGAAAGACGGAGAUCCCGUUUGAGUUUCCUCUGCACACAAAAGGCAACAAAGUGCUUUAUGAGACUUACCACGGUGUCUUCGUCAACAUCCAGUACACCCUGCGCUGUGACAUGAAGCGCUCUCUGUUGGCCAAAGACCUGAGCAGGAACUGUGAGUUCAUCGUSCACAGCCUGCCACAAAAAGCAAAACCUGUCUCYGCUCCGGUCGACUUCACCAUCACUCCCGACACUUUACAGAACAUCAGAGAGAGGAGCUCUCUGCCAAAGUUUCUGAUCCGAGGUCAUUUAGACGCCACAAACUGUGAGAUCAGCCGGCCGCUGACCGGAGAGGUGAUGGUGGAGAAAUCAGACGUCCCCAUUAAGAGCAUGGAGCUGCAGCUGGUUCGUGUGGAGACCUGCGGUUGUGCUGAAGGAUACGCCCGAGACUCCACAGAGAUCCAGAACAUCCAGAUCGCAGAGGGAGACGUUUGUCACGGCCUCUCCAUUCCCAUCUACAUGAUCUUCCCCCGCCUGUUCACCUGCCCCACGCUGGAGACCACCAACUUCAAAGUGGAGUUUGAAAUCAACGUCGUCGUCGUUCUUCAYGAUGAUCAUCUGAUCACAGAGAACUUCCCUCUGAAGCUGUGUCGGACCUGAACUGACCUUCAAACCCACAGAAACCAAUCAGGCUUUACAUCAGGGAUGUCCAAAGUGUGGCUCGGGGACCAUUUGUGGCCCCUGACUUCAGUUCAAGAAUUAUAGUAAUUUGCUCCCGGCACAGCUGUUUGAUGUAGACUUUCUAUUUAUUAGGGACAAUUAAAAUCUUACAAUAAAAAAUAUUAACACCAAUGAUGUCUUUAAAUAACCACUCGUAGCUUUUUCCACAUCUGGUGACUUCUACUCAAAAGCUGAUUUUGCUGCCGUCCCAUCCGCUUUUAAUUCAUUAAAUGAGUCUGAAUACGUCAAGAAUUUAACAAAAUAUUGACCUAAAUCCUGAUUUUAUUGAUCAGAAUCGACUAAAUUGGGUUAUUUAUUCCCCAGCUGAAACGUAGAAAAUUGAAAGAAAAAAUAAAUUCAGUAAGGGAAACCUGCAAUUUAAUUAAUCUAGAUUAAUUUACACAUCCAUUUCCAGCAAUAAAUCUGACUACUUUAAGUAUUCAAUGCUUAGUUUAUUGUUGAGCAGGUAAAAAAAUAAUAUUUUUGGGCCUCAGGUUCUUCUGACUUUAUGAUUUUGUCCCGUGUGACUAAAUGUUUGGACAGCCCUGAAUGUCAGUGUAAACAUCACAACUUUAGACAUGUUUAAACAAACCCAGCUGGAUCAGUGUCUUUAAACUUUAAACUUGUUUUUAGGUUUAAAGAAAUGGUUUGUAAUGACUUAAUAUAAACAUUUCAUUGUUA